AUGCUAUCCCAAAUGAUGGAAAAGAAUUUCUCCACAAGUUUGAGCUUGCCAACCGCUUCCACGGACUCAUCAGAAUCGUCCAAUGAAAAGUUUAUCGAACUGUCUAUAGAAAACACUACUUCAACCAAAUCCAUUAGUGACGAAGAACAGCCUGAUUUUGAAUCGAAAGACAACUCGCCAUAUCAACCUGACGACCACAAACCAUCUUUCAACUACGAUUUGGAAAUUUUUAAUCUAUGUAAGGAAUACUUGAACACGAAAAACCACCAUGGAUUAGCCCUAAUUGCAAGACAGAAAGGUAUACCCCCAUUUCUUCGAUUUAAAGUGUGGCCAAUUCUAUUGAAAUACCACCCGUUUGUGCUAGAGCCGUUUAUACAGCCAGACAAUGAAAUUAUUAAUGAAGCGAGUGAUGUUGAGAGUACCUCAAGUAAGGAAACAUCUUCCUCCAAAGGAUACCUAAGCCAGUCGGAAAGCGAUUAUGAAACAAGAUCAGAAGGUCGCAAAGAUUCGGAUGCCAGCAACGAAAUUGAAAAAAAGAUUAAAAAGGAUAUCGCUAGGUAUAUUCAACGACUUUAUUACUUGAAGUCACAUGAUUUGACACCCAUUGAAAAAGAGAUUAUUCACACAUUGGAGAGCUCGGUAUUGAAGUUUACACUCAAAUGGGCCAAAAUCAUCAAAUAUGAUACAUCGCUAUCAUGGAUGGCUUUGAAUUUGGCUGAAUGGUUCCCUCCGAUACCGAAGACUCCGUGGGUUUUAGUUGGAAGAGAUCACUCACAGAAAGGUUCUUCUUUGAUUGCCAGCGUAGUUGACGACUAUUCAAACUAUAUUGAUCAUAUUCCAGGGUUGGAUAAGUAUCUUGAUGAGUUGAUAUAUAAGAACGAAACAAUUUCCAAUAUGAAGUUUCAUGAUGUCUAUGAGAGGUUAGUGUUGGUGUUGUUGCAUUGCCCAGAGCCAGAAACAAAGUUUUCAGGGGAGAGUGAAAUUUCCUGUAAUAAAAAUGACCAAAAAGAUGAGAGAAAACAAUCCAAGAUGAACAAGACGACAUUACCAAUCACAGGGGGAACUAUAGAGCAAAGAGUUUCAUUUUUCAUCUUUUGUUUGCGAAAAUUGCAACCUGAAUUAGCGCAACAUUUCCACGAGGAGCAAAUUCUAACCAAAUUUGGUUGUCUGGAUGAUGAAUGGCUAAUAUGGUGGCUCAAAUUUUGCGGCACAAAAGUGUGGUCCAAACACGACCGCGGGCGAAUUUGGGAUUUUCUUUUGGGCUGGAGGCUUAAAAACCCUAAGCGAAGUUUUAAUUACUACUAUGAAAAGCUAAACUAUGUGAAUAGAAACACUUUACAGAAAUUGGGUCCUGAUGUGUUUUGGACAGUUGGAUCCGUUGAAAAUGAAAAAUCAACCGUCGAUCCAAGAAGAAACUCGUUCAGGGAUUUGAUUAAUGAGUUGAACAAUGAACUUCACAUAUCGAAAUCGGAUUUAUUGCUGACAUCGGCAACUCCUUCUUCGACAAAUGAAUUAAAGGAUAGUGCCAAUCGCCCCAAUUUAUCCAUCCCCUUUUCAAGAAUCGACCCUCAUAUUGCAUUAAUAUUUAUUUCGAUAUCUUUACUCAAAUCGAAGGAGAAUACAUUGGUUGAACUUGAUCAGCAUGAAAUUAGACAAUUCCUAUCGAGACUUCCAUCCAAGUCCUACAAAUAUAACCAAAAAUCCAGAAAACGAUCAAGUCAAACUUUCAAUUCAUCUUCAAAUUCAAGAAAUGGAUCUCCUCCUUUACUACCAAAUGAAGAAGCCCCUACUAGUAACAUCAUCAUAUCCAACGAUAUGCGAAACGACAAACACAAGAUUAACUUUAUUGACAACAUCAUUUCAGAGUCAGGUGAGUUGUGGCGAAAAUGGUUGUGGUCUGAGUUUGUUGAAGAUAGUUAG